CCUUUUUUCUCUUUCCCGGUUGUAACCAGACGGAUUCCCAAGCAGCGGCACCAAGGAGCUGGGUGCACUGCCUACAACCCCUAUAAAUCCUCCCGUUCCCAACACGAGCGUUCCCACGCAGAGCCGCGGCGCUCUCGGGGCAGGAGGGUGUCGGUGGGUUUGCCACCUCCCCUGUGGCAUUUCAGGCACAGCAGGGAUUUGCGGGAAGCCGGGGGGACUCUCGGGAGAAGCCGCAGCAGCUCCGACCCCUCCUCCCGCCGCUGCCCGGGUUUGGGAUCGUUCCCAUCUCCCGGAGCCGGGAAGGGCGCACGGCUGAGCUGCAGCUCCGAGCAUGGCUCGGGGGGCUCCGAGGGGCUGCGGGGCACGGCCUCCUGCGCACCGGAGAGCCCACGCGUGUCCCGGGAGCUUCCCACCCUCCAGACCCUCCGCCCGUGCUGGAGACCCCGCUCGGAGGCACCGGGAAGGAUCCCGGCGUGGAUUCCCCGGCUGGUAACGGAGCUCCUCGGACCUACCCGGAGCCACGGGAGGAAUUCCUCCCAGCAGCAAGAGACUUUCAAAAGUGGGGAGUGGAAGGCGGCAGCUUUCCCCCUCCUUCUCUGUUCGGGAGAAAGGAGCUGCCCAACCUGGUCAUGAGACUUUUCCACACUUCCCAAAGAGGCUCCUGAAGUUCUGGCGCUGCAGCACUGAGAGCCCCGGGCAGCCAGUCCAGCACAGCCCCCCCGAGGGCACACACAGCUCAGGAGAUGGAGAAUGAGGUUGGCAAAUCUGUGGACAAUCAAAUGGACAAAUACAUAGUUACAAUAAUGGGGAAAUCAGAAAGCCAAAUGGAUAUUGUGGAAAAAUCAACGAAGUCUGGGAAGAAGCCCUGGAGCUUUGUGGCACUGGGUCUGGCUGUCCUGCUGCUCCUCAUGACUUGUGCCGCCGUCGCCCUGGUGAUCCUCUAUGCCAGCAGCAGAGGAACUCACUAUGGCACCAACUCAGGCAACGUCUGCACCACCCCUGGCUGUGUCACGGCAGCUGCCAGAAUAAUCCAGAACAUGGACCCCACAGCUGACCCGUGCCAGGAUUUCUACCAGUACGCCUGUGGGGGCUGGCUGAGCAGGCACAUCAUCCCAGAGACCAGCUCCAGGUACAGCAUCUUCGACACCCUGAGGGACGAGCUGGAGAUCAUCCUGAAAGGUGUGCUGGAGACUUCAGAUCAAGGGGACAGAGAGGCAUUUCAGAAAGCUAAAAUCCUUUACAAGUCCUGCAUGAACGAGAGCCUUAUAGAGCAGCGAGAUUCUUUGCCUCUGCUGGAGGCCUUAAGGAUGGUUGGAGACUGGCCAGUGGCUUCUGCAGACUGGAAUAAGACCAAAGAGCCAAGCUGGAGCAUGGAAGAAAAGCUGUCCAUAAUGAACUCCAGGUUCAACAAACGUGUCCUCAUCGACAUGUUCGUGUGGAACGACGACAGGGACUCCAGCAGACACAUCAUUUAUAUUGACCAGCCAAGCUUGGGAAUGCCAUCCAGGGAUUACUACUUUAAUGGGGGCAACUAUCAAAGGGUGAGAGAGGCUUAUCUGCAGUUCAUGAUCACCAUCGCCAAAAUGAUCCGGGAGGACAAGAACGUGUCCAGAGAUGAUUCCUUUGUCCAGGAGGAAAUGGCAAAGGUGAUGGAGCUGGAAACAGAGAUUGCAAAUGCAACAACCCCAGCAGAGGAAAGGCACGAUGUGACCUUGUUGUACAACAAAAUGACCUUAACAGAGCUACAGGAGAAGUUUGCAUUGAAUGAAUUUAACUGGACCUUCUUCAUCCAAGGUGUCAUGUCUUCAGUAAGUGUCCAGGUUGACCCAGAAGAGGAGGUGGUUGUCUAUGGCAUGCCCUACCUGCAAGAGCUGAAAGCAAUCAUCUCCAAGUACUCAGCAAGCACCAUCCAGAACUACCUCAUCUGGCGGCUGGUGAUCGACCGCGUCAGCAGCUUGAGCCGGCGCUUCAAGGACGCCCGGGCCAGCUACAGGAAGGCUCUGUACGGGACGACGCUGGAGGAGGCGCGGUGGAGGGAGUGCGUGAGCUACGUCAACAACAACAUGGAGAACGCGGUGGGAGCCAUGUAUGUCCGGGAGACAUUUGCUGGUGAGAGCAAGAGGAUGGUGCGAGAUUUAAUAGAGAAGAUCCGCGAAGUGUUCGUGGAGACGUUGGAUGAGUUGCAGUGGAUGGAUGAGGCGUCCAAGGAGAAAGCCAGGGAGAAGGCAAUGGCAAUCAAAGAACAAAUUGGCUAUCCAGAUUACAUUUUGGAAGAUCAGAAUGAAAAACUGGAUCAGGAAUAUGCCAAUUUAAACUUCAGUGAACACAAUUACUUUGAAAACAUCCUGGAAAACCUGCGAGCUGGAGCCCAAAAGAGCCUGAAAAAACUUCGAGAGAGAGUCGACCAAGACAUAUGGAUAAUUGGAGCUGCAGUGGUCAAUGCAUUCUAUUCCCCCAACAGGAACCAGAUAGGCAAACAAGCUGUCUGCCAAGGAUGCAAAAGUAAAGCCACCCUACAGUAUCUCCCCUUCUCUCUGUCCCUCUCUGCAGUUUUUCCUGCUGGGAUCCUCCAGCCCCCUUUCUUCAGCAAGCACCAGCCCCAGGCCCUGAAUUUCGGGGGCAUCGGGAUGGUCAUUGGGCACGAGAUCACGCACGGCUUCGAUGACAACGGAAGGAAUUUUGAUAAAGAUGGGAACAUGCUGGACUGGUGGAGCAACUUCUCAGCGCUGCAUUUCAAGGAGCAGUCCCGGUGCAUGGUGCACCAGUACGGGAACUACACCUGGGAGCUGGCAGGGGGGCAGAACGUCAGUGGCAUCAGCACGUUAGGAGAAAACAUUGCAGAUAACGGAGGAGUCCGACAGGCUUACAAGGCCUAUUUGAAGUGGCUGGAACGGGAAGGAAAGGAGCCAAAGCUUCCUGGACUGAACCUGUCCCACAAACAGCUUUUUUUCCUCAAUUUUGCCCAGGUUUGGUGUGGCUCCUACAGACCAGAAUAUGCCAGCCAGUCCAUAAAGACAGACGUGCACAGCCCUCUGAAAUACAGGGUGAUGGGAUCCUUGCAGAACUUUGAAGCCUUCUCCGAGGUGUUCCAGUGUAAGAAGGGCACAGCCAUGCACCCUGCAGGGAAAUGCCGGGUGUGGUGACGGAGGGACGCGGGGAGGGUGACCCGCUCCGGUGCCCCCACACACAGCCCGUGGCAGGGCCGUGCCUGGCGUUCUGCUCAGUCCCAGCCGGGGCUGACGGGGCAGCUACUGGAGUGGGAGUCACAGACCCACGGCACUGAGCUGUCCCAGUGCCACCGGGAGCCCCCGGGAUCGCGGGGAUUCGGGGCUGUGCCAGAGCCCGGGCGUGUCCCCGGCCAGAGCGACUGUUUCCAACGACAUCCCGACUGUUAGCAAUCCACUGCAUCAGGGCUACAAGGACUGAUUCUUAAGUGAAAACAAAAUCAACAGCCACAAAUCUAUUUUUCAGAAAGGAACAAUGAUUUUAAUAUUCUAACUCCACCGUCUGGGGCUCAGCAAACCUGUGUGAGAUGUUUCACUGAUCCGUUCCCGGUGUUCUGAUCCAGUUUCUGGUGCAUUCUUCCCCAAAUCAGGUUAGAGCUGCUGUAAACUCUGCUGUCUGUACCCCUGCACUUUGCUUUGCUGUCAGAGAUUGCUGUGUGUCGUGACAUGUCACGCAGUGAGCCCUGUGUCGAGAUGCCUGUUGCACUCUCCUCCUGCACUUGAGUUCCUCUGCUCCAAAGAACAACCUUCAAGUGACGUAUCACUAGAAUUAGCACAUUUUAGGAGUACAAAUUCUGUCGUCAUGGUUAAAUUACAGGGUCCCACCCUUCACAGAUAUAUUUAAAAUGAUGCUUAUUCUUGUAGAAAGUGUAUAAAAAUACUUUUUGCCAAAUAGCAAACAUGUAUCCAUGGAAACAAUUAAGCUGGUUUUAAUCCUGUGCCUUUUCAUUUUGCCAUAGGCUAUUUUUCAGUAUUUACACUUGAAAA